AUGGACCGAAACUUCACGGACGUCUUGAGUUUUGUGUCGUACAGUGAGCCGAAGACGGGCGCGCUGCAUCAAAUAUUUAUUUGGUUGAUCCUGAUUGUUACCUGUAUGGUCACAUGCCUGAUUUUGCUACGGUUAUGCCAUUGCGUCGGCGGGUAUUGUCGUGAUUUCCGGCCUCUUACGGACGUGGACCAGAUACGCCGGAGAUAUGAACGUCACUGGCAACAAUUCGAACUUCUCGAAAACCCCCCAUCGCCUCGUCGAGGCUCUUUCUCACAUUACGACACUGAACUCCAACCUGUAACCAACCAUAUU